GACUGCUGGUCGGGGGACAUCUGAACUCAGUGUGAGCGAGGAACAAUCAUGGGCACAUCAUACUCGCAAGAGGACAUUGAGAGGUUUGCUCUUGAAAUGUAUAAUGACAUUUUAUGGCAAACACCAUGCCUCUUACCAGAUGUAGGCAUAGAUGAGUCUCUGCUGAAAUAUUCUGGUGACGACUCCAACGCGGUGCUACAGUCUUACUCUGAUGGGAUGCUCGACAGCAUGCCGGGUUACGUCAGCGGAUUUGGAUCUGCCUUUGGUAACCUGAAAUCAGUUCCGAAUGCUGUCGGUCUUGGAGCUCUGGUGAUUUCCAUGAUCAUAGAGAUCAUCAUCAAGAGCAGCACUCAGACGAGUGAUAAAACUGACACUUACAGCCUGUUACGACGAGUGUUUGGGGAAGAGAAAGCUUCGAGUGUCCGAGACAUAAUGACGGAGUAUCUGAAACGCCAUCGCAUGUUCAUGACCAAUGACCAACUAUUACGGGAGGAUAUAAAGAGACUGGAAAAGCAGCUGAGCCAACAUCUCACCAUCCUCAGGAACUCCCUUCUGCAAGACGGACAAAUGAGCAGCCGCGGGCUCAAGAUCUGGGUCAACGGAGCCGCCUUCCACGUCCAGAUGCUGAUCCACGAGGUUCGCCUGGGUGUUAAGGCUGAUAAAACUGUAUCAGACUGUGUUUUUGUAAUCAACGCUGCAAUCGAUGUGUAUUCGCAGUCCCUGGAUCUUUUGCUGGAGAAAUACAAGCCCUACAAGAUCAAUUCAAAUAUGUGGAAAGUGGAAUCUUAUCCGUAUAUUGGUGAUGGUUUUGUUGAUCUUGAUAAAUGUUUAAUGUAUAAUGAUGAAAUUGAAGGAUGUAAAACUAGUCUGCGUAACAAAGAUCAUUGGUUGUGUGGUGUUAAAAAAAGAAUUAUGGCGUCUUUUAUGGAUAUUGUUUUCUCAAAAUAUGAACCGAUCAUAGGUUUAAAGAGGUAUUUUUCGAAUGUCAAAAACAAUCUCAACUCUUUAAUCCAUGAGCGUGGUUCAUUCGCUGUGCCAUCCGCUGCAGGCUAGUGUAGCUAUAUGGUAGAUAAGCUCAGAUGCCGGAGUGUGCACUCAUAUGUAGAGGGACUCUUCAGUACACCGGGCCUGGGCUGUUGAUCUGUACACGCAUUAGUCGAGUGUUCAGUUCUAAGACUGUGUAGAAGGAGCUUUAAGUGCUUGAAUUUGAUUUGAUUUGAAAUUUAUGUCCUGAAAAACAGCCAUAUUAAUGACAACGUACUUGAAAAGUGCUUGGAUUAUUGAAAGAAUAUAUGUGAAAAUAGUGUUUAAUUUGAUCGAUAAUACAAUCUCUUCGUGCAUAAUGA